AUGGCGGGACCGGUCCGGCUGCCCAUCAACCUCGAUGCACUGCAAGACUAUCUGCAGACAUGCGUGCCAGAUAUCAAGACUCCCUUGAGUAUCAAACAAUUUGGGGACGGACAAUCGAAUCCAACAUACCAACUAACCGGCGCCGAUGGAAAUCGAUACGUUCUGAGAAAAAAGCCUCCGGGAGCACUGUUAUCGCAAACAGCACACAAUAUCGAGCGUGAAUACCGAGUCCUUCGAGCUCUAGAGAAAACCGACGUCCCCGUCCCCAAGGUGUAUUGCCUCUGCACUGAUCCCGCCAUCAUCGGAACGAUUUUCUACGUCAUGGAGUUUUUGGACGGCAGGAUCUUUACCCAGCAGUCCCUGCCAGGAGUCAGUCCAUCGGAGAGGACAAGCAUGUGGCGGUCAGCCAUGGAAACGCUUGCCAGGAUCCAUGGCGUCGAUUAUAAAGGGUUGGGCCUGGGAAGCCUUGAAAAGCCCGACAAGUUUUAUGUCCGCCAGAUCCGAACGUUCACAUCACUCUCGAUACAACAAGCACAGGCAACGGACAAAGAAACUGGUGUCCCCGUCGCCAAGGUCCCUCACUUGAACGAAAUGACCGAGGCAUUUCAGGAUGUGCGAUAUCAACCAGAAGAUCGCAAAACCCUCAUUCACGGUGACUAUAUGAUGCAUAAUCUGAUAUUCCACAAAACGGAGCCACGCGUCAUUGGUGUCUUGGACUGGGAAAUGACUACAGUUGGCCAUCCACUGGCGGACUUGGUGAAUGUGACGGCUCCGUUUGUGUCCGCCACUGCAUCGACUCACGUCGGCGCGAACAAGGACUCGGCGGCCUUCAAACCGGGAGCGACACCAGGACUCCCAGCCAGACAGCAAUGUGUGGCAUGGUAUGCUCGGGUGACAGGAUGGGAUCCUUCAGAAGAUCUGGCAUGGGGAGAUGCCUUCUCAGCCUUCCGGACUGCGGUCGUGAUGCAAGGCAUAGCGGCCAGAUACGCAUUAAGACAGAACAGCAGUGCGAGGGCAUCCGAGUUUGGCCCCCAGGUAGUACCCAAUUCACGCUGGGCAUGGGAGUUGGUGUUGCGCUUCAAAACUCAGCAAGGGAAGCGCACACCAUCAUCCGGAAAACGUGGCACACCGAAAGUGACGGGAGAGAUCCUCGAUGUCUACCUCUGCAUCUCAGAACAUCCCACCCAUUGCCCUCCCAUUUGUGUCGAAAAAUUCGUACACGAAGAAUGCAUACCGGCGGAUCCGGUCUUUCUCGCCCAGAUUGGGACCGGCAACGGCCGCUGGCAUGGUCACCCGUCCAUCAUAGAUGAAUUGAAGAAAAAAGCUCGUGCCCUGGGCAUGUGGAACAUGUUUCUUCCCAAAAAUCAUUACAAGGACGGCCCGCAAUUCACGAAUCUCGAAUACGCCUUGAUGGCCGAGUAUCUGGGCAAAAGUAGCAUAGCAAGUGAGGCAUGUAACUGCUCCCCACCCGAUACUGGCAACAUGGAAGUCCUCGCGCGUUACGGCUCGCCCGCUCAAAAGAAUCAAUGGCUCAAGCCUCUGAUGGAGGGCCAAAUUCGGUCUGCCUUCCUAAUGACCGAGCCUGACAUUGCCUCUUCCGACGGCAGUAAUAUUCAACUACGUAUAGAACGCCAUGGCGACCACUACCUUUUGAAUGGAUCCAAGACGUGGGCGUCCGGCACCGGCGAUGAGCGCUGUAAGAUUUAUCUCGUCAUGGGCAAAUCGAAUCCGGACCACCCGGAUCCGUAUCGGCGACAAUCUAUCAUACUAGUUCCGUCAGACACGCCUGGGAUGAAGAUACACCGGAUGCUCAGCGUAUAUGGGUAUGACGACGCGCCUCACGGCCACGGCCAGAUCACCUUCACUAACGUCAAGGUGCCGCUCGACGCACUUGUCUUGGGCGAAGGCCGCGGCUUCGAAAUUAUGCAAGGUCGCCUAGGUCCAGGUCGAAUUCACCACGCCAUGCGCGCCAUAGGCGCCGCUGAGUAUGCACUGGAGUGGCUGAUCAACCGUCUAAAUGACGAGCGCAAGAAGCCAUUUGGCAAACAACUCUCGGAGCAUGGCGUCCUGUUAGAAUGGGUCGCCAAAUCGCGCAUCGAGAUCGAUGCUUCACGGCUCGUCGUCCUCAACGCCGCGAUCAAGAUUGACCAGAUGGACGCCAAAUUUGCGCUCAAGGAGAUUGCAGAAGCAAAAAUCAAGGUGCCUCAGGUCGCGCUUGAGGUGGUGGACCGAGCAAUUCAAGUACACGGUGCGGUGGGUGUGGGCCAGGACACCCCACUGGCGAGUAUGUGGGCGCACCUGAGGACCUUGCGGAUUGCAGAUGGGCCAGACGAAGCUCAUCUACACCAACUCGGCCGUCGGGAGAACAAACAGCGCAAGGACGAGGUCAAGAGACGCCUAGCCCAGCAGCUGGCAAAGACCGAGUUCCUCUUCCAAUCCAUGGGCGUGGACCGCAACGAGUUGGGUAACGCCAAGUUCAACGCGAAGUUGUAG